AUGCCACCACGGACAGCCAUUCCUGUAGGUCAGACAUGGUUCGAUGUGCACAAAACCCAUUUCUCAGACGUUCCGGUAUCUGCAGAUCAACAUGUGUCAACAACAGAGUUUCUUGCUGCCACCGAAGCGACAAUCACCAUAUUCGACCUCCUCGGGUCGCCCGUUUUUGCACCCAUAAAGCAUGACAUGGCCUUCAACAUAGAACGGGUACGGACGAGACAGAUUCAGACAUCGCACCCGUCGAGCACACUCCAGCAUCUGGUCAAGGAUGAGUUGGUAACACAAAAUCAUUCCGCCACCAUGGGGCUCACGUGGCUCAUCCGUGGUCUCGACUUUCUAGCGCAUGCGUUGAGGUCUGACCUCACACAGAACAAGGAUGUUCCAGUGACAGAAAGGUAUCCGAAGAGGGAGCUGCGAGAGUCAUUUCGCGAUAGCUACAAGGUCACACUGUCGCCGUAUCAUACGGUGGUGAUCCGACCCAUAUUCCGUGCGGCCAUGAGUGCAGCGCCUCGUCGUAAAGACUUGUUCAUUCGGCUCAGUGGUCAAGGGACGGAUCCCGGAACAACGGUAAAGGCAAUGGAAAGUUGGUUGACUGGCUUGGAGGUUAUUGUGACUAUUUUGAAGGGUUUCUUGGCCAGCGACGAGGUCCAAGCCUGCGUGCCAGAGGGUAUGCAGUAG